GAAAGACAAAUCCAAGAGUGACCGAGAGAUUCACCAAACAACACUUUCACAUUCUGUGCUUCUCAUUCUCACUUCUCCUCCUCUCAUCUUCUCAUCUUCUCAUCUUCUCAUCUUAUUCUAUCUCUUCCUCCCCCCCCCCCUCUGUUACGCCCCGCUUCUCUGAAUCCCUUUCUGUUAAUCAUCUGUCUUUCAAAAACUAGUCAUUUUUUGGGUUUGCCUCUAUUCUCACAAAGAUUCAAACUUCAACAAAGGAUUUUUCGAAAGCCAGGUGUUUUCAGAAUCGAGAUCCAGGUUUUUUUUAAUCAGCCACGAGGGUUGUUUUUGAUCCCUCAAAGCUUUCUUUUUCUUUUCUCAAUUUCCUUAGAUUAAAGGGGUUGUAUAUUUUAAACCUCGUCUAGGAAAGAAAUUAAAUUUUUUUCUUCUUGAAAUCAAAUUAAGUUUCCGGUUUUAAGAACGCAGGUUGAUUUUAUCUAAGAUCUGUGUUUAGUUGGAAACAGUACAUGGCAGCUACGAUGAAUUUCUACAACGCAGCACAAGAUCCAUUCCGAGGUGAGCUUAUGGAAGUUCUGGAACCUUUUAUGAAAAGUCCUUCCUCAACUCCUUGUAUUGCUUCAGAUUCACCUCUCCCUUCAACUUCUACUUCAUAUUCAUAUUCUCCUUCAGCUUCAGCUUCAGCUUCAGCUUCACUCCCUCCACACCCCAAUUUCUACGCAGACACCUCCUCCUACCUAUUCCCCACAGCCACAGGGUUUUCCUCAUCAUCUCAAACCCAAACCUUAAUCGGCUUCCAGCAGCCAAGUGCUGCGCUGGGGCUGAACCACCUAAGCCCGUUUCAGGUUUCGCAGAUCCAGAGUCCCUCACCCUCCCUGAGCUUGCUGGGCCCGAAGGCCGUCCCGAUGAAGCAAGUGGGCGCGCCUCCCAAGCCCACGAAGCUGUACCGGGGCGUGAGGCAGAGGCAUUGGGGGAAGUGGGUGGCUGAAAUCAGACUCCCGAAGAACCGAACGAGGCUUUGGCUGGGGACUUUCGACACCGCGGAGGAAGCAGCUUUGGCGUACGACAAGGCCGCGUAUAGACUCCGAGGCGACUUCGCGAGGCUGAACUUCCCGAACCUGAAAGGGUCGUGUGUGGGCGAGUACAAGCCUCUGCAGUCGGCGGUUGAUGCCAAACUGGACGCCAUUUGUCAGAACCUGGCUGAAAUGCAGAAGCAGGGAAAGGCUGAGAAGGGUGGCAGGUCAGCCAAAAAGUCUAAGCUUGGUAAGGAGCCUCCCAACCCCAACCUGGACCUUUCCUCAGUUUCCUGCAAGGCCGAACCUUCCGCUUCCAGUGAGGGCUCUGCGGGUUCUUCUCCUUUGUCUGAUCUCACCUUCGAUGUUACCGAGCCGCAAUGGGAGGAUCCUUCCGCACAUUUUCAUCUCCAGAAGUUUCCUUCUUACGAGAUUGAUUGGGAUUCUCUCUGAACACUCUUAUGUGCCUAAUGCUAUUGCUAGGGCUGGUGCUGCAAUUGAGUUUUUGAAGAUUGCAGUGCUACUUGUAGGAUUUUAAGUAUUAUCUUAGCUUUUUCUUUUUUUUUCUUUUUUCAUUUGCAUAUUGGCUAUUUUUACCAAUAUUUUGUAAAUUUCUCUGCUUUGGUCAGCUGGUUUUUUUUCUUGCUUGACCAGGGAGAAUGACUCCGGGUUAGAUCUUGUCUAUGUUUUCGUGGUUCGUCAAACUAUGUAAUGUAAUUCAAUUCUAUUUGUAUCUCAAUUUAUGAAUUAUCAAUAUAUUUGUAUUUCAGUUUAUA